AUGAGGCAGAUUCGAGAGAUUAUCCAAAAGUUACAGAACCCUGAACUGACAUUAACCACAUUUUUAAAGAGCCCAGAACUGGAGAGGUUACUCCAUGAAUAUAAUCAACAAGGCUUAGCUCAACUGCAUCCAAGCUUCAGUAAUUUGGAUAGCCUUGCUGCUGAGAUUAAAAGGAAUCAGCUUCUCCUUUACCCUGCUGGCCGAGACCUCCAUGGACUUCAGUACCAGGUCUUGAGAAACGAGAAACUCCAGGACUAUGUACGGUAUAUUUACCGUGAUGAUAAUCGAACCUUGAUUAUUUGUGCACGAAAGGAGCAGCUUGAGCUGCUCUAUAAGCUAGAAUCAUUUGAGGUUGAUAUGUCAUUCAAGCGAUUACGAUGUGGUGGCCUUAAGGAAAUUGUAUUCGCAACCCAGCUACCAGGGCAUAGUGGCAAGAUUGCUACACUUCUUCGCGCGUUUACUAACCGUCAAGAUGAGGAGGCUUAUUUUGAGGUUUUUAAACAUGCUUUUCAAAUUAUUAAGCAAGUUACUGGAAAAAAAAUUAAGUUUCGACAUCAUCAUAAUGGUGAUGGCAUACAGGCAAUUGUCGCAGAUAUGGAUGAGGGGCAACAAAAAGGACUUGGAAAAUAUCUUCUAAGUGUUGACCCUCAAGGUCAUCUCCCAACACAUACUCCCGAGUGGCAGCUUCGCAAUAUCCUUAUAUUUUGCCGUGUACACUUUUAUCGUGGCAUUGACAAGUCUCUUGAGGAAUACUAUGAGUUAAUUGAUUUGCUCAAGACAAAUGAAAGGCCUCAAGUUGCUGAAUGGGCAGUACAUAAGGAUGAUCCAGUUAUAGCAGCAGGACUAAACCCCUUUUGCUCACUUAUCCCAUAUAAAGUAUUUACACAAAUUCGUGCAAAUACUAAUGCAGGAGAGCAAACUCAUCAAAAAAGCUAUGUAUGGGGGAAAUACCUAACAGUUGUGUCUGCGGUAGAAACUGGCUAUAAGCUCGACACCCAGGAUAUGGAUCGCUAUUAUAACCGUGAGAACUUUGGGAUACGACAUACAUAUCAAAAUAAUGGCCUGUCAAACCGCUACUAUAAACAAAGACAGCGUGAAUUACGCCGAAUGCAAAGCUCAAGUACAAGUUCUCGAGGUCGUUCUAGGGUGAGUCAAUCAUUGCGGCAACAUGCUAUUCAGUCUAGCCAGCUUCAGGAAUUAUCUUCUCAGAAUCAUACAUUAAGCCUACGGAUCCAGGAACUCGAGGCUCAAUCAAAGCGGAAAGAGCAGGUUGACCCAAUUGAACAAGAACUACGCCAUAAAAAGCUACGGCUUGAGGUUGCACGGCAGGAAGAGGAGAUACGACAGCUCCGACUUGCGAAUGAUGCACAAGAAUUGGAGUUACGGAUAAAACAAAAUACAACUAGUUCCUAA